ACGAUGCCCGGCACACGCCCCUAAUAUUCUUUUGACAGCUGCUCCGGGAAGGACGCUGAGGAAGUGAAUCUAUGAAGUAAAUUAGUUAUUAUUAUUUUUUAAGAUAAACUGUAUUAUUUCGUUAGAAUGGCGCACGUAAGGCUGUGAAGAUUACAGCGACGUUGAGGAAAAACAUCAUUUUGCAUUGGGUUCCUGAAUCCGACAACGUUCAGCCCAAGACCCGGGAACUGGUUGGCAUCCAUCAUCUUUUAGGGAUCAAGGAACGAGGACGGAGGAGGCUGCUAGAGUACGGAUACACACGGAUACACGGGUGCUUCCUAGAUGGAAACUUUAAUCCCCAUCAUUAACCGGCUGCAGGAGGUCUUCCUCACCGUCGGAGCUGAGAUCAUUCAGCUCCCUCAGAUCGUCGUAGUUGGCUCACAGAGCAGCGGGAAGAGUUCUGUGCUGGAAAGUCUGGUUGGACGAGAUUUUUUACCCCGUGGGUCAGGAAUAGUCACACGGCGCCCUCUAGUGUUGCAGCUGGUGAACGUCCUGCCGCUAGAGGAGCGGCGCAAACAGGAGAACGAAAACGGGACCAAAGCAAACUCUCAGAACUUCCCAGGAAUCAAAGCUGAGGAAUGGGGAACCUUCCUUCACUGCAAACACCAGGUUUUUACAGAUUUCAACGACAUUCGGACUGAAAUCGAGGAGGAGACUGACCGAACAACUAACAACAAGGGUAUCAGCUCAGACCCCAUCCAUCUGAAGAUAUUCUCCCCGAACGUUCUGAACCUCACCUUGGUCGACUUGCCUGGAAUCACCAAGGUGCCAGUAGGUGACCAGCCAGAAGAUAUUGAGACUCAGGUUCAGGAGAUGAUCCUGUCCUUCAUCUCCAACCCGAACUCUCUGAUUCUGUGUGUCUCUCCGGCUAACUCGGACCUGGCCACUUCGGACGCGUUAAAACUGGCCCGAGAGGUCGACCCUGAUGGUCGAAGGACUCUGCUGGUCGUGAGUAAGCUCGAUCUGAUGGACGCUGGGACGGACGCACUGGAGGUUCUGCUUGGCCGUAUCAUCCCCGUCAAGCUCGGCAUCAUCGGGGUGGUCAACAGGAGCCAGCACGACUUGAACACUCAGAAGAGCGUAGCAGAUGCGUGGCGUGACGAGCAGGCGUUCCUGCAGCGCCACUAUCCGUCUUUAGCGUCUCGCUGCGGCUCGCGCUACCUGGCACGCACGCUGAGCCGUCUGCUCAUGCACCACAUCCGCGACUGCCUGCCCGAGCUGAAGGCACGUGUGACGGCGCUGAGCGCCCAGUUCCAGGCGCGGCUGAGCAGCUACGGCCAGCCCGUGGAAGACCAAAGCGCCACCCUGCUGCAGAUCGUCACCAAGUUCGCCACGGACUACUGCAACACCAUCGAGGGCACGGCUCGACACAUCCAGACCUCUGAGCUAUGUGGCGGCGCUCGGAUCUGUUAUAUAUUCCACGAGACGUUCGGCCGUACCCUGCAGUCCAUCGACCCGCUGGGAGGGCUCACCGAGCUGGACAUUCUCACGGCCAUCCGAAAUGCCACGGGUCCGCGGCCAGCGCUGUUUGUUCCCGAGGUGAGCUUCGAGCUGCUGGUGAAGAAGCAGAUCAAGAGACUGGAGGAGCCGAGUCUGCGUUGCGUGGAGCUCGUUCAUGAGGAGCUGCAGAGGAUUAUCCAGCACUGCUCGUCCCACAGUACACAGGAACUGUUGCGCUUUCCCAAACUGCAUGACUCAAUACUGGAGGUGGUGACCAGUUUGCUCCGAAAACGUCUUCCAAUAACCAAUGAAAUGGUCCAUAAUCUUGUGGCAAUAGAACUUGCGUACAUCAAUACUAAGCAUCCAGACUUCACAGAUGCUGCACAAGUGUCUGCUUCUGUCAACAGCCAACAGACUGAGUCACUGGAUGGAGGAAAGCGCUGGAAGAAUGAUAAGAUGCCGUCUGAAGAAAAGGGCUCGGUGCCUGGAUUUGGAAGCCCUAGCAAGACUGUCAACCUCCUGGAUACGGCAGUGCCGGUCUCUCGAAAGCUGAGCACACGUGAGCAGAGGGACUGCGAGGUCAUCCAGCGCCUCAUCAAGUGCUACUUCCUCAUCGUACGCAAGAACAUCCAGGACAGUGUCCCUAAAGCAGUGAUGCACUUCCUGGUGAACUUUGUGAAGGAGCGUCUGCAGAGUGAGCUUGUGGGUCAGCUGUACAAGCAGCCUCUGUUGCAAGAGCUGCUCAUUGAGUCUCAGGAAACGGCACAGCAGCGCACUGAGGUCACCCACAUGCUGGAGGCGCUCCAGAAAGCUAACAACAUCAUCUCCGAGAUCCGAGAGACACACCUGUGGUAGCCAAAGCGACACGUCGACGAGUGUGUGUGUUUACAUGUUCGUGUGUGUGUGCGCGCGCGUAUGUUUCACUACCAUGUCACGUAGAUAUUUAAACGAUUCCUAGAGCACAUGCAUCAAACGUACGUAUAACUACUCAAUCUUUCAGGUACUGUGUGUGUGUGUGUGUGUGUGUGUGUGUGUGUG